AUGUCUGUAGUCGAGUACGAGGCAAAGUUCACUGAAUUAGCAAGAUUUGCUCUUCAUAUAGUGGACACAGACUACAAGAAAGCCCGCAAAUUUGAGGGAGGAUUGAACUUAGACAUAUUUGAUCGAGUUGGUAUACUAAAGUUGCCAACAUAUGUGCAAGUUCUUGAUAGAUCUUUAAUGGCGGAAGCCACCCUAGCCGCUAUGAAGCAAAGUAAGGCCCCAGCAGCAACAACAAUUGAUUGGAGAGGAAAAAGGUCUAGGUAUGGUAUCAAAAAAGGCCGUUCUCAUGUAAGUAAGAAGCAGAAUACAAGGUCUACAAGCAGCUCGAGUCAGAGCAGUGGGUCUAUUCCAGUUUGUCCUGAUUGUGGAAGAAGGCAUAGAGGUGUAUGUUACCGAGCAUCCGGUGCUUGUUUCCGAUGUGGCAAGACAGGUCAUGUAGUGAAAGAUUGCCCACUUGGGUCUGAGAAUGCCAUCCGUCCUAUGAUGAGUUCAGCUGGGUCCGCUUCUAUAGUUAAAACAAAUGCAAAGACUAAUACUGGGAAAGAACCUCUGAGACAAGGUCGAGUGUUUGCCUUAGUGCCUGGUGACGUACAGAACACUGAAACCGUGGUGUCAAGUAUACUCCCUAUAUGUUCUCAAAAUACAUGUGUACUGAUAGAUUAUGGUUCUACACAUUCCUUUGUAUCGCAUACUUUCUCUCAGAAAUUAACUAGAUCACUAGAACUUAUGACAUGUGUGUUAUCUGUAUCUACACCGUCUAGGGGUUCUAUGAUAUAUGCUUAUGUUUAUCCGGCAUGUGAUAUUAUGAUUGGUGAUAUGACAUUGUAUGUUGACUUGUUGCCCUUAAACAUUGAUCAUUUUGAUUGUAUUCUGGGUAUGGACUGGUUGACCAAGUACUGUGCUACUAUUGACUAUGCAAGAAGGGAUGUAGGGGUUACUUGUGUUGUAUAUUGA